CUUUUGAAUAAAACUACCGACAUAAACCAACUUUUUCUUAAAUCGUCGACGUGCUCCCUCCCGUACUGCGUCCAAAUUCGGUUCGCAUUGCAAGUGAGCGGCCCCCAUCACCCAGCGCUGGCAAACACGAGUAGCCUAUUCAUUAUUCAUGUCAUUGCAGUUGCCCUGUUAUGAUACAGUCCUGUUUGGAGUGGGCUACCUGAUUUGUUCAGCGCGUCCGUCAAAGCGGUGCGUGGCCCUGCGUCGGCUGGCUGCGCGCGCUCAUAGGUCGGGCAAAGAAGAAUCACAGGAGGAGGAGGAGGAGGAAGAGGAGGAGGAGGGGGGAGGCGCUGGGGGGGAGUCAGCACAGUGCGCGCCUACGAGACUGCGCGUCGCAAAGGAGGGGGAGAGGUCCAGCUGCAAAAAAAAAAAAAAAAAAAAAAACAUAAAAAAGAAAAAGCAGGGGUGAGAAAAAAAAAAUGAAAAAGGAAGGAAAACACGGCGUGACAAUGGCAACGGCGAGCUUUCAGUGAAAGGAAGAGCAGACGCGAGGGGAGGAGGGGGCGCCGCGAAGCAAGGAGUUUUCAGAGCCGACGGCCGCUUUCGCUUGUCCCGAGAAAAGAGGCGACGUCGGGACACGCUGGCGGCUCUGUAGCGCGUUUCCUGGAAUACGAAAUCCUUCAGCGGCCGAGCGUAAUGGAGCGGCGGCGGAGAGGAGAGCCGCACUGUCUCCAUCACUGAGGCGCGUCCACCUGCUAUUACUGGAGGCCCGGGCUGCUGCUGCUGCUGCUGCUGGUGGAGGUGGUGGAGGGCGGGAUAUGCAGGGGAAGUGUUUGCGUUUCGGGGAAAGACGCAUCUUCUGAUACUGUCCAGAGCGCCCGAGAAGGAUCCCAUUGCGACAGAGGGAGGAAAAAACCGCGGAAACGGGGAGGGAGGAAAAAAAAAUACGCACAGCCACUCCGGAGGUGGGACCAUCAGAAUGAUGUGUAGGUGGAGCAGCGCUGAGCCGUAUUGAUGGAUGCGCUAGCAGACAACAGUCUCACAUUGAUUGUGAAGACUUCAGAACCGGAAAAUGCAAAUGUUGUGGAAAAUAGAGGGGUAUGUGAGCAGAGCGGUGAACUGAGUCUGUGCAGACUCGUCGAUGCUGCGCUCCCUCCUGCCUCUUCGCCUCCUCCUGCUGCAGAGACACCACAGCAGGUCUUCUCAACCCACCAGAGGACCGCUCCUGCAUCACCACCACUCCCUCUGGCCCUUGGUGGUGACCUCUCUCUGACUCAAGCAGUGGCACAUUGCCCUUCAUCCAGUAAUGCUCAGACUAUAGGCCCCCACCUUCAAGGUGCUCCCUCAUCACUUCCCCACCCAACUGCAGACUCCUGGGCCUUAACGGGAGAACCACAGAAAACAUCCUCUCCACUGUCCAUCACCCUCCCACUGCCUAAUACAAUGAUGGAGCCCAGCACUAUGUCUGCACUGACAGAGGAGUGUCUUCUCCAGCCUGCCCGAACCUGUCUUGGCUGCCUAAUUGAAACCCGUGACGCUACAGAUCGCAGUUCCAUCCAGAACACCCCAACAAACCUCAACACCAACCCUGAUGUGGAUCCAGGGCUCAGCGUACGGAUAGGGGAUGUGAGCCGAGAGGAUUUCUCUGACAUUAACAACAUCAGCAUUCAGUGUCUGAGCCAUGCAGGCGAGCCAGCAAGUCACUUUGGGGAACAGCUCCUCUCUGACCAGCUACUAAACUUUCCUCUUCCCAAAGCCCCAAGUGAAGUCAAGAGAGCAGAGGAAAAUAAAUCUACUGUGGACUGCGACGACACUGAAGAUGAUACUACAGCUAAGAACUUGUAUGAGGGCCUGCUACUAGAUAAAGUUAGUGGAGAAGAAGUUCUUCUGGCUAAUGCUGGUCAGGACUGGGGCUACUUUGAGUCCUUCAUCAGCGAGAGCAAGAUGGAACUGCUGGAUCUUUGCUCCAAGAACGAACUGUCUGUCAACCUGUUCUCUGAGGAGGAUGUCGACAAUUUAUUUGACGAUGAAGACGACGAUUCAACACUAAGCAGUGACGUCUGCUCACUUAAGAUUCGCUAUGAGUCUUUCCAGGACAACAUGAGGGAAAAAACAAAUGUGCUCCAGGAGGAGACUCAGUUCAACUUCUUCCCCAGUGUGCUGGCCAACUGUGCCAAGAAAGAGGAAGGAGCGCCAAUAUUGAAGAGGAGCACUGAGGAGAUCCAGUCCAAAACUGAUGAGCUCAUACUGGAGGCGGCACAGGAAGGGAGAGGUGGGGACAGCAGUGGUCGGAGCCCACUCGAUGGCUCUCAAUGCUCCCCCAUGUCCGCCUCCAAAGUGAGCUACCUAAUAGACUUUAAUUCCACAGAGGAGUCCGGAGAGUUCAGUGAUGACAGCUCCUGUACUGGCUCCUCCUCAGACACCCUGCAGGAGGGCAAGUUUAAAAAGGGUCACUCAAAAAGAUUUCUCAGUCCCUCAAACCCUCUCAACUAUGGCCUGCGUUCCAAAAGAAAGGUGCGAUACAGUGAAGAUUACUUGUAUGACGUUGACUCACUUGAGAGUGAAAAGAACGCAGAGAAAAAGGAGAAAGGUCCCACAGGUCAGAAAGAAGAGGAGGAUGUGGAUUGGUGCCCGAAGAAACGGCGAAAAUCCUGUCGGAAAGAGCCGCCUGUAGUCAUCAAGUACAUCAUCAUCAACAGGUUCAAAGGAGAGAGACUCAUGUCGGUGAAACUGGGCAAGCUGGACCCUGUCGAUGGAACAGUAAGCCUAAAUGCCGACACAGUAAGCAAAUAUGAAAUACUGGCUCCUCUCAAAGAUUUCUGGCAGGAGAAGCAAAGACAGAGACAGGAACAGCUUAAGCUGGUUGCCAGAGAUAAGCAGCAACAUGGUUUUCAUCUAAACGGACGCCACCAUCGGCCUUUCAGUUCCAGUCACCCCAAAAGAAAAUACAAGAUUGCCAACAGGCUUAAGGUUCAACGAAUUCAAACUGUGGAGCAAUCAGCAACAACACAGGGUUCCCCUCUCUCUGAUCAGAGCCAUGCAGGUGUCACUAAAGAGGACCCCACCCCCACGGCAGGAGGAAUAAUAACAGCCACAGGCCUCCCUGUCACAUUAGACUCAAGCUCCAUAACGCACACAAUCACAACCAAGAGCCGCUCUCAGGAGAGGGAGGAGAGGGAAGCGAGGAGACUGGGAGGAAAAGUCAGGAUAAGGAAAUUCAAAAGUGAAGCCAGGCUAAGGAGCACGAAAAUGAAAAAGGCAGAGGGAGAGGAGGGGAGGAGUGUGACAAAUGAAACGGAUGCCUGUGUCAGUGCUGCACAGAUUGAGGAGCCUGCUGCUGGGUUAGAACAGGCAGCCGUUAGUUCAACUACAAUCAAACCCCAUUUCUCUGACAAUACCACCAAUGCUCAUGCAUCCGAUGAGAAAUUUCCUUUUGUCUCCUCCACCUGCUCUCCCGACAAAGCACCUUCCUCAGAAGAGGUGGAGACAAGUGUCCCUGUCAUCCCUGGGGGCUACUUGCAGACCCUGUUAGAUGCCACAGAUUCUUCUGGUGGAGCAGCUAUCUCUUAUUUCCCCCAGCAGACCUCCAGGCAGCAGUAUCCUCUGGGGCUGUCCCUGGAGGAGAAGCAGUUUUCCUCUCUGCAGCUUGCCCAGAGCUGUGUACUCUCACCCCCCUCUGAGUCAGAGCUCCAGCAGUCUCCUCAGAACUGCCCCAGCUUUCCCCAGAUGUGGCACCCACAGCUCUGUACAAAUCACAGCCAGAGCUUUGGGCCUGAGACCCCCGAGACUCCGAUCUUACCCAACAACUUCCCAGCUGCUGCUGUGCCCCUGAAUGACAGCUUGCGAGUGUCUGACUACAGCCAGCUGAGCCCCGAGGCUGACAGGCUGCUUUAUGAGAAGAGCUACCUGACUGAGGCGGGGCUUCAGCCUGGGGCAAAUCUGCAAGCAUGUCAGUCUGCCUGUGUAGAGGGCCAGGUGCAAUACCAAAGAGGGUCCCUGUGCACAGACAAUGGUAGGCUCAUCAGCUAUGACUCAGUGGGCUCCCUGUCAGCCUCCUCCAGCAAUUACAGCUCUCUCAGCCUCAAGUCUUGUGAACGAGAGGGUGAGGAGGAGGGCCGAGACAGCUUCUUAGCUCAUUGCAGCCCUAAAGUGGUGAUUCAGCAAAGUGUGGAUGCCCUUACCCCGCUCAGGGAGUCCUCAGACCUGCUGGAUAUCUCCAACUUCACUCCUGACAAGUUCAGACACUCAUCACUGUCAGAGCUUUCUCCUCCCGAGACCCCCAACCUGUCCCCCCAAGUGGUGGGGCGUGAAAUGAAAAUGGCAGGGAAUGUUGGAGAGUACCAGGAUGUUACCGAUAUGACUAUAGACUGCAAUAGGGAGGUGAAGUGGAACUGUGAACCUGUACAGCAACAGGAGCACACAACAAAUGCAUAUACAGUGGAGGAUGGCCAGUUUCCCCUGCACAACUUCAACAGUCAGGAUGUUGGAAGCUUGGAUAAAAAGGAGCUGGGAGAGUUUGAGGAACAGACAGGUGCAAAAAGCAUAAAGUCCAAGAGGAAAGGCAGCUGCAAGCAGACAGCCACAGGGCAAAGCCCAAAGAAAAGCCGGGCUCCUAGAGCUCCCAAGUCCGAAAAGGUCAAGACUCCCAAACAGAAUUCUCGGUCGACCAAAAAGAUAAAGGCCAUGUUAGAGGGCAAGGCAGCAAAGAAUCAGGCUGGUGGCACCGGCCUAAGCGACAGUAACAGCACUGGGGACUGGCCUGGCACUGGCUGGUCAGAGAGUAACAGCCUAGGGGAUGACCAGAGAGAAUUUGAGGAACCCUCUAAUAUUCUGUCAAACAUUGUUUCUGGCAUGGCCGAAGUCCAACGGUUCAUGAUGGCUUCCAUCGAGCCUUUGUGGAAUCCCAUGUCUGAAGCCUGCAUGCCCUCUGAGGCCAACAGCCUCAACCUAAAGACUCUCAAAAUUUUGGCAGGAACAGAGGCUGACCUGAAAAAGAAAGGAGCCGUACUAACAGGGGCCGGCAGAGGUAGGAAGGCAGGUGGAAAGGGAGGAAAGAACCAGGCCAAAUUCAACCCAGCCCACCCUCUGUUCCCUCAGCUCGCGCUGGGCUGCAACAUGUUUGACAAACCCAGCUUUAUUAAUCCCGGGCCAGCACACAAAAAGCUCUACCGCCACAAGACCAGUGCAAAGUUCCCUCGAAUUGAGACACUGAAAGGAAAGCGAGCAGAGAGAGACCCAAAUAAGGACAUAGCACUGAUGACUUCUUUUGAAAAACUGAGGCACCAACAGCUGGCAGUGGUACACCGCCACUCACGAAACCAAAUCAGAAAGACUCUGAAUUCUCCUCGUUUCCCACCCCCCCAACUUUGUUUGCCAAAUUCAAUUUACCUCAACAUCGCCUGGCAUGAAGAAGCAACAAAAGAGAAACAAAGGGGAGAUCCGCUCUGAAGGCUACAGUAGAGAAAGGACUGGGUGAAAAGAGAGGUUCAAAUGACCUCUCUCUGGACCAAGAUGUAGUGGAAAUGUUUGAGGGUAAGCAGAAAAAUGACUUGUUAUUUGGGGUUGCACCUUGCUGAGUAGCUGUUUGUACUGGAAAUUCAAGUCAGAUUAUCAUUUGUAGAGAUUCUGAUGCAUGCAUCAGCCAUGAAUGGACAUUUUUGCAGUUCGGUUUAUUGUGAAUGUGAAAGCAGUUUUCAGUACAAAUGGUAUCAGUGGUCUUGUAAAUGAAGGAAAGCAUGUCUUUGCAUUCACUCCUCAGACACUUUCAUUUCUUUCUUGCUUGGGAAGGUAAUUUAAACAGAAACUUUUCUUCACAUUCCCAUACAGUUUAUUUCUUAACAUUGCCUUACUUUAUAAGUUGCACUUCUGGUGUUGCAUAUCAUCUGGUUUAUCUUAUCUUGUCAAAACUUUCACUUCUUUCUUUGUUUACAAUGACAUGUUUUGGUUUUUAAAAGGUUUACCUGUAACUGCAGUCCAUGAAAAAACAUAUUGUGACCAGUAGACAUGGGCCGGUAUGAGAUUCUCAGAGAAUGAUAAUCCUGUUUAGAAAUACAACUGUUAUAUUGUAUCACGGGAUAUACACAAAAACUUAAAAAGAAAACGUAUAGCAUAAUUUCAUUUCAUUUCUUUAAAACAAAAGAAAAACAGUCAUCAUUGCUGCUAAAUUUCAGUAAUAUAAUAUAAAAUGAAAAGUUAUUUUAAUUUUGGUUUUAAUAUUCAGAGGACAUAUAAAUACCCAAGAAAUGUAUUUGUAGUUUCUACAUGGUUAUUAGAACAAUAUUAAACUCUUUUGUUGUUUUACUCCUUAUAAACUAACACAAUUAUAACAAGCUGAUAAUAGUUGGUAAAAUAAACAGACUAUCCACUCAUGUAGCUAGCUACAGAGAGGCUGAUUGGAGUCUGCCAAAUUGAGUUUUCAAGCAGGGUUACUUUAAAUGUAUAAUAAAAUUUUUAUAAGCUUAUGAUUCUGUGAAGUUGUUAUUGGCAAUAAUUAUCUAUAUCAGACAGAUGCCACAUCACAGAGAGUUUGUAACAAAUCAAAGAAAUCUAGAGUGAUGAAGGGCUAACAACUGUAGGAGGAACUCCCAGUUUUAGUGGACUUUAGAAUUACGAAUAUUAACAUCUUUGGGAUAAACCACUGUAUUAUUAAAUAUUACAUGUUAAGUUUGUCUCUGUUUCCCACUUGAACAAUUUCUUUUCAAAAAUAACAAUUGUUUAGUCUGAUUACUUUGUCGAUUAGCCUUGAUCAGCUGCAACUAUGCUUUAAGUUCACAGAGAGUGGCCUAAACUUCUGGAUUUUGUCAACAGGGUCGUAGAUUAUAUCAUAUUGUGCUUCUCCAGGUGUUUAGAAAAUACUGCUGUGAUAUCAGAAGAUCAGGCAUACCCAGCAGAAAAUAACUUGGUUGUGUUGUUGCCUCAUUUGCCAUCUUGUCCCACAAAUUUCAAACAUUUUCAGACUGAGUUGUCUGAAAUUGCUAAUGACAUGGUUAGGGUCCCUGAGUAGCUCUUAUCUGACCUCUGGUCUGAAAAUUUUCUUUCUAACUCUGAUACAAACAGUAUCUUACACUAGUAAGGGCACUAUCACUGAUAAUAACUUUGCAGAUCCUCACUUUAAAAAAAAUAAUAAAAUAUUCAGUUCAUAAUAGUGACAGGUGACACUCUUAGUUUCACACUGUGUUUUGCACAAGGCUAUUUAUUAAACUGCCAAAUCUGUCUUUCUUGUAAGCUGUGAAAAGGUGUUGUAGCCUUUCAGCUAGCUAACGCCAAUGCGCAGCAAUGGAUGGGGAAGGGGCAGCAGCUCUGUAUUACUACAUUUGAAUAACACUCCUGUUUCUCUGGCACUUUCUGUAUCACCUCAUUAAUAAGACUUUUUCACUGUAGUAUGACAGAAAAUGUUUCAGCAGUUUCUAAUAUCACAGCAUUUAAAUACCUUACUAUACCAUACCAAAUCAGCAACCGGCCCAUGCCUACUUUACUAACCAGUAAUGCAUGACCAUCAAUGGCAAGAAAUAAUUUCAUUAACUUAUUUCACAGCAGACAUUUUGACCUAACUGUGCAGAAAAAUUAAAAGUCUGUUAAGAAAGCUGCAUUCUACUUAGAUGAAGUUCUGGUUUUGCACACAUUCUGCCUAAACGUCAUGCACAGAUGCAGAAGAGGAAUGCUGCCCCCUGUAACAUGUUCAGGACAUACUUAAGUCAUAAUUUCUGCUGUGUACGCACACCUCAUUACUGUCAUCUACUUUGGGCUCAUUCACUACCUCGGAGCACCAAAAAAGUAUAGAAAUCAACCUUAAAAUAGGCCUAACAAUCAUAUUUAAUAAGUAAUAAAAUCUGAUUUUAUUCAAUAAAUCAGCUUCAGGAUGAGUUCAGAGCCAAUCAAACUGUAGUAGACUAUCUUUUACACAGAUCUACUGAAGCCUAUACGUUUUCUCUGUUUUGAACAAUAUUAUUUUGAACACUGAAGUAAUUACAUGAGACUGCAUGGAAAUGUACGGGCAAACUGAUUGACUGAUUUUAAAAACAGGCUUUGUCACAUUGAAUAUGGCAAUUCUGACACAGGUCUUAGAAAUUGAUUGCUUGCAUAUGGCAAGGAUCAUAACCAAUCUUUUUGUGUCUCUUUUUCUCCAUCAUGAUCCUUUGUUUAUUUUCUAUAGUGUAUCAGGGUUAGGACCAAGACAAGCUGCUGAUGGGAAGCUCCACAUGGGUCAAAGGCCCAUUUAGUCUGCCUUCUCUCAUUUCUGCCUAUUGUCAAAUUGAAUGUAUUUCUCUGAGUUCAUUGAAAUUUUUAUUUUGAAAAAAAAAUUACUUCUUUUUUUUCCUUUUAUUAUUAUUUCUAAAAUGUGCCACUGUUGAGCUGCCUCAUGUUAAUGGUGCUAAGAAAGCAGAAAAUUAAUUUCUUUAAUGUUUGGGUUUGACUUUUUUUCCCCCAGAGUUAUCAAAAAAAAGAAAAAAAAAGAAAUGCAAAACAGAUUAGGUACCUAACCCUGUUUAUGAAUGUAUAUUACAAUGUUAUGUUAUGUUUGAUGUAUUCACUUCAUGAUUCUUUGACACUGAUUGGAAUUACUUUUGCUCUUUUCAUUAAAAGAUUACCGAGCUUUAUAUAUACUGUCUAGAGUUGUUACCAGAAGGAAUCUUAAUGAACUCUUGACACUACAAAAUCUUGUAUAUUUUUUGUGUGCCAAUUUGUAACAUAUUUUGUAAGUGUAUAUUUUUCUUAGAAAGUGCUGUGAAGUAUUUGUGUGUGUGAGUAACCUUUUAUGCGCCUCUGUGGGCAGUGGAAAGGAUAUACAGCGACACGUUUCUGGUUUUGAAAACCAAAAUAUGAAAGUAUCAACAGAAAAACUAGAAAUAUCUACAUUUUGUUGGGAGUUUUGUAAUAAGACCAUGAUCUUGUUGUGAGAGUGUUGUGUUACUGUGCAAAACACAAAUAAGCAAAGAAAAAAAAAACAUGAAAACUUGGGGAAAAAAAUAUAAUUUGUGAACAAUUUGCUGUUUUAUAGAUUUUCAUGUAAAUUAUUUGAGUAUUAUUUUUGUUUUUUUUUGUUUUGUUGUAACUGUUGCAAAGGUUUUAAAUAUUUGUGAUCAAGCCUGUAUGGUGAUAAUGUAAUAUUGGUAACUUGCUGAGUUUUGUAAUAAUGUUUAUGGAGUAAAUAUACAAAUUAAAAUAAGAUUUUGAAUGCUG